GACCUGGAUGGGAAAUUCGCGCGAUUGUACGCGUACUUUAACGCGAAAGGGUACCGAUGCGCGCUGACGUCGAGGGUGGUGAACUUGUGCACGCUCGGAUUUACGAUUUGGUUGAGUGGGUUGCUGUUGCUGUACGUGGAUUACGAUUAUUUGCGAAACCAGUGCGCGUCCGAGGCGGAGCAGUGCGAUAUUUUGCGGGAUGCGGUGUUUAGCGAGCCGUAUCAGUACGGUGGUUUCGUGCGAAACGCCGUGGUGACGAUGUAUUUGCUGUUGUUCUCGGCGUAUUGGGUGUGGAGCGCGACGCGGUUGGCACACGACGCCGCGCCGUUGGCGACGAUGCGGAAAUUUUGCAACCAAAAGCUGGCGCUGAGCGAUAGGGAUUUGUACACAAUCACGUGGCCAGAGGUGCUACAGCGCGUGGUACAUUUGCAAGCGACGACGAGGUUGAGCAUCGCGCGAGAUUUGAACGAGCACGACAUCGUCGCCCGGAUUUUGCGAAAGGAGAAUUAUCUCACCGGUAUGGUCAACAGAGACGUGCUCAAGCUUUCGCUCGACGCUCCAGGAUUGCAAAACCAUCGCUGGUUCACGAAAGUCAUCGAGUGGAAUAUCGAUCUAGCGGUUUUCCACGGCAUGUUCGAUGACAACUUCACGAUUGUGCCGUCAUUUUACGACGUUUCUGCGUUGCGUCAUCGUUUUCGAUGCCUCGCCAUCAUCAACGCCAUUCUUUCGCCAUUCGUCGCGAUUUUCCUCUCCAUGUACUUUGUGUUGUCGUACGCUGAAAAGUUUUACAACACCCCGUCCGCGGUCGGAGCGCGAGACUGGAAUUCUUACGCAUACUGGCGCAUGCGCGAGUUCAACGAGCUUCCGCACUUUACGCAGCAAAGAUUAGCCGCAGCGUACCCGCACGCGAAGAAGUACGUCGCGCAGUUUCCGUCGCCGGUGGUAAACAUUUUGGCAAAGUUUGUGUCAUACGUCGUCGGCGCGUUCGCGGCAUGCGCAUUGUUUUGUGCGAUCGUGGACGAUCGAUUGUUGCAGGCUUACGUCGGCGAUCGCGAUUUACUUUGGAUUACGGCGGUUCUCGGUACCAUUCUCGCGUCCUCUCGGGCGUUGAUGGCGACGGAAAACGCCGUGUUCGAACCCAACGUCAUCAUGUCAAAGAUUGUCGCGCAUACUCAUUACUUGCCCAAGCACUGGCGGGAUGCCGCACACAAGGAAGAAGUUCAACACGAGUUCAACUCUUUCUUUUCGCUCAAGGCUGUGAUGUUUCUGGAAGAGAUUGCAUCCGUCUUCGCGGCGCCCUUCGUGCUUUGGUUUCCCUUGUGCGAUUCUGCGGACGACAUCAUUCAGUUCGUCCGACAGUUCACGGUGAACAAAUCAGGGGUCGGGGACAUGUGCUCUUUGAGUGCGUUUGAUUUCAAUCGCCAUGGGAAUAAGCACUACGGCGCGCCAAGUCACGCGAGCAAGGAGCAGCGCAGCCGCCAAGGGAAAAUGGAGAAGAGCUUCUUGACGUUUCAGGCGACUUAUCCUGCGUGGGAACCGGACGCAAGCGGACGCGACAUGUUGAACUCACUCAAUGGAUUU